GUCCGUGUACGUCCUGGUAAAGCAGCAGGACGAGCGCAAAGCCGCUCUCACCGUUCCGGCCCUGAUGGCCAACGAUUUUCUCGAGGGCCACCGGCAACUGGUGAGCCGUUGCGUUUCCUUGAUGUUCGAAGAUUACGAAACGGUCGGCAAAAAGGCGCGGGAAAUUCUGUGGCGCAAGGGCUACUAUGAUUUGAUUACCAUCUUCAAGAAGCACCACCAACAGCUGCAGCAGCAGCAGUGGAAGACCAACAACGUAGACGGCGGUGGGUGUGAGCUAGAUGAACGUGAGCAACAGCUGAAGCAAGGAGCGGAAAGACUACUGCUGGAUGGGAUUAAUCAUCUGAAAGUGAUUGUGCUGCGGUUGGCGCAGAUUUUCAAUCUGGACAAUAUGAAGUACUUGGUGAGUUAUGGGCUGCUGGAGAAUUAUGACGAUGAUCUGUUGGUGCGCGAGUCGGGAUGCUAUGAGAACUUAAAGCUCGACGAGGAGAGAAGCGAGGAGGAUAAAAAGGUGAUCUACACUAAUCAGGAAGUUUCGUUCGCUUUGGAAUCGAUACACUCGUUGCUAACUGCGCUCGGCGAUCUCCAUCGGUACUACUGCGAGUUUGGCUUGAAGGGCCUCACUGGGAAAGAUGAUACAAAGAACAUAACGGCGAAGUAUUACUGGGAAGCGUUUAAAUUGAACCCGAAGAUCGGCAUUACUCAGAAUCAAUUGGGAACAUUGUUCAACGGAAGAAAUUACAACCUGGACUCGGUUUACCACUACUUGUACUCGCUUUGCUGUCCAUUCCCGUUUGAAUGCAGUGAACCCAACGUGAACAGAAUCUUCCAGAAGAAUAUCCGAUAUCUGGAAUGUAAUGGAGGGGACGCCGUAGGGGAUGAAGACUUUGCGAUCCGUGAGUUUGUGGCCAAGUUUCUGCUGGUGGUUGAUGUAUUUUUCUACGACAAAAGCGUAACCGACUUCACCAGUCUGUGUCACUCGGUGUUGAUUGAUUUCAAAAAUGUUUUGGGAGCUCGUCGUUUACUUGACGAUGAAUUCUUUGUAACCGACGAUUUCAUAUUUAAGAUCGUUUCGAUCUUAUUCUUCUGCAUGUACAAGGCGCAGGUUAACAAUUCAGACAAAAUUUAUAGUUUGAAUGCCUUCAUGGUGGCGUUGUGCUCCGAGCUGAUGGAAUACUGUACAAUGGCAGUUGAGAAGUACAUGGUGGAAAACGUCCGAGAGGAUAAGAAAUUCCGCGAGCUUUACAUGUCAAUGUAUCAGAAGUACGACGAUCAGGUUCGCAAAUCUCGUCAAACGUUGAAGGAGUGUGCCACGGAAUUUAUUAAAGAUCAAAAAUCCUCAUCCGGCGUAGAGGAAUGCAACGGAAGUGAUGAACACUCAAACAAGGAGAACGAGGACAUUGAUACCAAAAGUGAAACGAGCUCCAAGCGGGUUGCUUCGCGGAAGAAAAAUAUCCGUCGUCGGCGCAGAGCACUAUCGAAUGAAUCUGAGUCGGAGUUAUCCGAUGCAGGAGAUGACAGCGAAUCGCAGAUGGACUCAGAUUCCGAUGAAGAUGAUGUCAGCUCAGUCUCGAGCUUUGACUCUUACGAUGAUUUUUCUGAAGAGGAAGAUGAUGUCAGAAACGACGAGAAGUCGCACGACCUUGUAAAUUCGAUUCAUACGGAAACCGAAAAUCAUGAAAAUUUCGAGCAAGAAACCAACAACAAACACGACGAAUCCCAUGCACAGCUCAAGUUCAAGAAACGCUACCACAAGUUGAAUCCAAACAUCAUCAUAGAUUUCGCCGAGCAGGAGCGCACGAUGCGUUCGCUAAUGUUGCUAUUCGAUUGGCUCCACAUCAACGUCGACAUUCUGAUCGGAUGCUAUCAAUCCAACCCGGAAUUCAUUCACAACAUCAUGAAAUUGCUUAAUCACUUCAACAUCGACAUCUUCUCCAACCGGUACUAUUUCCCACGCCACUUGAUCACGGCGUGGGGCAUCCGGGAGGAUUUUCGCACACUGUUCGAAAUCCGUCGAACGAUCCCACUGGACGAGGACAUCCACAUGAAGCAGUUUCCUCUGUUCGAGGAAAGCCAGGAAAGCCUCGACUGGGAGGCAAACUAUCGCCUGGAGGUGACUCCCGCGGAGCUCAGCUUCCUGCGGCUGAUGAAGAUGGUCGACUUUGGCUUCGCCCUGUGCAAGUCCAAGAAGUUCGAGUACUCGUUCUGCCCGAAAUCGCGCGAUUUCAGUCUUAAGAGUAAGAAGGUCCAGAAACAACAACUUUGCAAAAAGGACGAUCAGAUCAAACGCCUUGGAAAGGACAACAACCGUCGCGCUCGUCGCCGUGAGCAGCAACAAGAUAAGAGGCGUACGCACAAGCAAAAAGACGACCAGCGUGGCGAAGCAAUGGCCAAGCCCCGUCGCAAUCGUGAGCGCAACCGUCAACAUACCGAACGUCAUCGCGCGACAGGUGCGGGAUCGGGUCUGGAAGGUCAACGGUCCAGCCAGGAAGCGGACGGAAAGAUCGCUCCCAUUAUCAUCACCAAGAAGGGUUACCUGAAGAACAAAACCAACGGUUGUGGUAUCUUGCAAAAGAAUCACGAUGGCGGCCAGCAUAGCAAGGAAGAAUCCACACACUCGGACAACACCGGAGACGAGGGACAGCAGGAGAAAAACAUCAACGAACUGAUGGGACAGUUGUGGCUGAGAAAUGAAGUGAAAACUCUAGAGUCGAAGGUCAAGAAAGUCGUAAACAUCACUCUGACGCCAUAUCUGAUGCUGGAUUCAAAAUGUUUGACCGAGUACACAUCGAUUGUUAAAAAUCUCGUAAAGACAAAGAAGUUUGUCAUAUUGAUUCCCACGGCAGUUUUAUCUGAUCUCGACGAAUUGAAAAAACACAGCGACGGGGCACGUAACGCCAUCAAGUGGCUUGAGUGCGAAUUUAGCAAGGGAAAUCGCUUCCUUCGUUCGCAGAAAAGCCACGAAAUGCUACCGAUGCCGUUGUUCAAGAUUCCCAAAAAGCUGGAUCGCGACGCAGCAGUGUUCCAUCAGAUUGUCCAGUUCUGCAAUCACAUCGUCUCGAACCAUGCCGACAAGGAGCGCACGGAUAUCAUCACUUAUCUGUCGGGAGAUUCGCUGCAGGAAAAGAAAUUGCACAAUUCCAGCUACAUUGGCAUUCUCGAAGCGAUCCCGGUCAAGUUCGAACAGAUCGUUACCUUCUACUCCAGCUACAAAAGGAAAUGAGCCUCCCGGAUUGGUUAUUGUCCAAGAGAAUCGCGCGGAUUAACACAGCUCUAAGGAACACCGUUCCCGAAUCAUUCUCGGUACUCCCCAUCACGACGACUAAAGCGGGGUCGUCCGUCGUUGAAAGAGUGGGGGCAAGGAAUACGGUAGGAUUCGGUGAUUGCUUUCUAUAAGAUAGAUCAACAACAGAAGCAGCAAGGAGCGGCAAGCAGUUUUAUCGCGAAGAAAUUUCUUCAACCAAAAACCACAAAACAGCAUAAUCCUUCGGUUUUACAUCGGUUCCCGGUUUAGGCGCGUAGUGGAGUUAAAAGUUGCUACAAAGGGACCCUGAUUUGGCAACAUCAGAGUGCAGCAACAGUCCACUAUAACAAACUUUUACCAAGGUGGGAAGGAUUCAUCAUUUUGUCGGUUGAUAUUUCUGAUGCAGCAAAAUCAUCUUCACAUCCUGUAGUCGGAGCAGUUAUCUUUUCAUCAAAAAGAAAAUUGCAAAAUUUGAUCCCAUUGCCUUGA